AUGACCGCAAGAUUCGCAGUCAAGAGCUUGGACCACUUGGUCCUAACAGUGCGCUCCAUCCCGGAAGCCGUCGCGUUCUAUACGACGAAUCUAGGGAUGCGCCAUGAGGUCUUUACUUCGCCCAAGGACCCCUCGGUAGAAAGACACGCUUUGCUAUUUGGCAGCCAGAAAAUCAACCUCCACCUGUCGGGUAAAGAGUUCGAGCCCAGGGCGCAAAAUGUUAAGCCCGGGAGCGCCGAUUUGUGUUUCCUGACGGAUGAGAAUGUCGAAAAGGUUCUUCAGGCUUUCCGAGAUGCUAGAAUCGAAGUUCUUGAGGAUUCUCGGGUUGUAGAGAGAACUGGAGCAGUUGGGAAGAUUCGUAGCGUUUACGUGAGAGAUCCGGAUGGAAACCUGAUUGAAAUAUCAAAUUACGCUUAA